CAAGAUGGCGGCGCCCAUGCUGGCCGCUUCGCUGAGGCUCUCCCUGGGCCGCCUGGUGUCCUCGUGCGGCCGCCGCCUCCCCAGCAGCGCGUCGGGGCCCGGAGCGGCCUACCUGCAGCCCGUUUCCAGAAGCUUCAGCUCGCCAACCAGGACAUUUCCGCCAGGAUAUGUGCCCCCCACAUCGCUGAGCUCGCCACCCUGGCCCACCGUGGUUCUGCCAAACCCCGAGGAGGAGAUCCAACACCAUGCUGCCGUGGUGGAGAAGGUGAACCAGCUGAUCGAGGGCGGCCAGUACGGUCGGCUGUUCGCCGUGGUGCACUUCGCCGGCCAUCAGUGGAAGGUUACCUCCGAAGACCUGAUCCUCAUCGAGAAUGACCUGGACGCCGCAUGCGGGGAGCGGAUCCGGCUGGAGAAGGUCUUGCUGGUCGGCGCUGACAAUUUCACGCUGCUGGGAAAACCACUCCUGGGAAGGGACUUGGUGCGUGUGGAGGCCACCAUCAUCGAAAAGACCCACUCGUGGCCAAAGAUCAACAUGAAGUUUCGGAAGAGAAAAAACUUCCAGAGGAAGAAAAUCACCAUGAACCCCCAGACCAUCCUCCGCAUAAACAGCAUCGACAUCGCUCCAAGGCUUUGCUGCUGACUGUUGUGGCCCGAGAGUGAAAGAAGAAAACUCAGGGCUGGAGCCUCAUGGGACUGGCUGA